GAAGAAGAAGAAGAAGAAGAAGAAGAAGGCGCAGAAGAAGAAUUCACAAGAGAAGAAGAAGGCCCUCUCCGUAUGGAAAUAUUUCUGACAGGAUUCCUCAGAAAAAAAAAAAAAGUUAGACCUGAAGAGGUUGACAGCAGAAGCUCGCUGAGGUUUUGACUCCAAGAAUCACGUCUUCUAAUGGAGUCACCAGAGCUUUGUGAGAAUAUGAAAACUGAGUUUUGCAUGACUUCAGAUUCAGAUGGGGGGACAUCAGACUCUGUGAGAUUUGUUAUCCCUAUCCCUGUGGAUCAACAGAAGCCUGUAAAAAAAGAAGAACCUGAAGAUGAAGGCUAUGUCUGUAAGAUGACAACAGAGUAUUGCUCAGUAAAACAAAAUGGAGGGCCAUCAAGCCCUGUGGAAUGUAUCAUCACUACUGACCAACAGACUGGAGGAUUCCAGAGGAAACCUAUAAAAGAGGAAGAACCUGAAGAUGAUGAAUUCCUCUACUGUGAGGACUGCAGAUCCUACUUCAUCAACAAGUGUGAGGUUCACGGUCCUGCUCUUUUCAUCUCUGAUACCCCUGUUCCCAUGGGGAUUGCUGACCGAGCAAUACAAACCCUUCCCCUCGGUCUAGAGGUUGGAAAGUCUGACAUUCCUGAUGCAGGCCUUGGGGUGUUCAAUAAGGGGGAGACUAUUCCACUUGGUGCACACUUUGGGCCCUAUGAGGGAGACCUGGUGGACAGAGAGGAAGCCAUGAAUAGUGGCUAUUCUUGGGUGAUAUCCAGGAGCAGGCAGUGUGAGAAAUACAUAGAUGGCCAGAAAGAGAUGCAUUCUAACUGGAUGAGGUAUGUGAAUUGUGCUCGUAAUGAAGAAGAACAGAAUCUUGUAGCAUUCCAGUAUCAAGGAGGCAUCCUCUACUGUUGCUGUCAACCCAUCAAAACCGGACAAGAGCUCUUGAUGUGGUACAAAGAUGACUACGGCAAACACCUUGGCCUUGCGUUCGACUACCUCUGGAAGAAAAAGUGCUCCUCAAAUGAAAUGAAUGAUGCCCUGCUGCAACUUUUCUACUGCUCCUGGUGUCCGCUUUCCUACACAUCUCAGUUUUAUCUUGACAAUCACAUAAGGAGAAGCCACUCUGAGGAAAAUAUGAGACUGCUGAUAUCAAGUGAAAUUAAAAAUGACAAUGUGAUACCCACAAGAAGCUCCACUAUUCAGCAAACAUGGUCUGAUACUCUCCACAAUAACAUCACUCAUGGACAAAUGCAGAAAGAACUGUAUCACUGCUCAAAAUGUGGGAAGGAUUUUAUUUCUGUCUAUAAUCUCAGUAAGCACCAGUGUGUCCAUGCAAGAGAAAAGCCAUUUCCCUGCACACAGUGUGGAAAGACUUUUACCUACCAACGUAAUCUCGGACAGCAUCAGCGCAUUCACACAGGAGAGAAGCCGUAUCACUGCUCGCAGUGUGGAAAGAGUUUUAAUAACGGGAGUAAUUACAGACAACACCAGCGCAUUCACACAGGAGAGAAGCCGUACCACUGCUCACAGUGUGGAAAGAGUUUUACUAACCAGUGUCAUCUCCGACAGCAUCAGCACAUUCACACAGGAGAGAAGCCGUUUCACUGCUCACAGUGUGGGAAGAGUUUUAAUCAACAGAGGUAUCUUGAAAGACACAAGAGCAUUCACACGGGAGAGAAGCCGUAUUACUGCUCACAGUGUGGGAAGAGUUUUAAUCGACAGAGUCAUCUCCAAACACACGAGCGCAUUCACACGGGAGAGAAACCGUAUCACUGCUCACAGUGUGGGAAGAGCUUUAAUCAACAGAAUGAUCUCCAAAGACACCAGCGCAUUCACACAGGAGAGAAGCCGUAUCAGUGCUCAGAAUGUGGGAAGAGCUUUAUUCAGCAGAGUGAUCUUCAAAAACAUCAGCGUGUUCACACAGGAGAGAAGCCGUAUCACUGCUCACAGUGUGGACAAAGAUUCACUUCUGUAAAUUCAUUUAAGACUCAUAAAUGCACCAAUGUAGACCAGACAAUUUAAAGUAGAACAAAUAGCAUGAUUAGCUUAAAUUAUAUAUCAAAGUAGUAAAAUUUAGCUAUAUUGAUCUCAAAUUAGCAACAAUGAUACAUGCUUGGGACAAUAUAAUAUAGUACACAAAUUUUACAGCAUAAAAGGAUAUUUAUGACAAAAGUUCUUCAGCAGCUGUGCAAGCACUGAGGUUCUGAAGCUGUAGUAAUUGGAGUAAUGAGAGUGGAGACGAGCUCUUUAUACCUGGGGUUCCUCAGUUGUUUGCAACUAGCAAUGCAAAGAGAUUUAACAUUCAUUUAUGUUAAUGCUGAGUGAUGAAGUUUUUAAGUAUAAUUUCUGUCACAAACUUCAAAGUCAUAUAUCUGUAGUAUUUUAUGUUCCUUGAACAAAUUGGGCUUGGAUGUAUUAUUUCUCCUGUUUCUCCUUUUAAUUUCAAAACUACUACACAUAAAUAAAUGUACAUAUAUUUAUUUCA